AGCGCCAGCCAACCAGGACGAAGGCGAAAAGCAGAACGGGCCCCUCCUGCCAUACACGGACGUCAUGCGGGAAGUUGCCUCUCGUCUCGCGCAAUUCACAUCGCAUCGUCCCCAAACAUCCGACACCCCGAAUCAUCCCACGGCUUCAUCGGUCGCUGUGUAUUCACCGCCCUGUCGUCACUGUCAUCGCUCAGCACGCGGGUGAGAUUGAUUGCACUGGCGACUCUGCUCCGAUACGCGUGCCUCGGCACCUACAUGUUUACUUUCCGACGGACGAACCCUCUGGCCACUCCAUAAGCCAUCAUGGCUGUGAAAGAUGGCGUCUCAUACUAUCCGACAAACGACUUGAUCUCCAAGAAGCCGCGGAAACACUACCGCAUCCCUGUCCGAUCUCAACACUGGCAGCUACGAUCGCUCAUCAGCGCCGAGAAACGGAACCUAGUCUACUUCCCCGGGGGCGCCGGCAGCAACCAUGUCCAGCGGCUCAACACCACGACCAAGGAGUGCGAGACGGUCAAGUUCCUCUCCUUUUCGCCGCGAUGUCUAGUCGCUGAGAACGGCUGGGUGUGUUGCGGAGGAGAGACGGGCGAGUUUACGGCGAUACAGAUGGACAGCACUAGCGACGACGAUAACAACCUCGAUUUGCAACUCAACUUGGAACCCGACGCGAGGUUACCCCUCGGUAUGGGCACCGACUCCGAAUCCCCUCGACCGCAAGAUACCGUCUUUGGACUCCUCAGCCAAUCGCGGCGGCUGAAUAUGAGUAGCAGGCUCGACAAGAGCGUGAUUGCCAAGAGCCAAAAGCUCGCGCGCGACCGCGUCAACUGCAUCACCAUGUGGUUUCCACCAGCAGCCGGCCCCAUGCAUCACGGAGCCUACACAGAGUCCGCCGCCGUGCUGGCAAACAAUGACAAGACGGUCGUCCUGGUCGGCUUGCGCGACUUUGAUAACCAGGACAAGGUCGAGCCUCUGGAUAUAGUGACGUAUCCCGACUAUGUCAAUCGAGCCAUCAUCUCGCCCGAUGGUCGCCUCUUGUGCGCAAUCCUCGACGACCCUUACUUAUACAUUCACCAUCGCACCGAGGCGCCAAUCGAUGAGAACGGCCCGUUCCGGAACGACGACAAGGUGGAGUACCGCUGGGAGCUGUGUGGCAAGAUUUUGCUCAAGAGCCAGCGUCGAGAUGACAGCUCAGAUAGUAGAGGAAGUUUCGCGGCAUGUUUUUCCAACACGGGGGCAUAUCUUGCUGUCGGGACCCAGUACGGCACCAUUUCAGUGUUUGACGUUGCGAGCCUGACUGACCCGGACGUUGCCGACCCACUGCUGACGUCCUUUACGUCGUCACGGCCGAUGGCGGGGUCGGGCGCGGUCCGCGACAUGGCUUUUUGCCCUGGACCGUAUGACCUCCUGGCUUGGACCGAAGACCGCGGUCACGUUGGUAUCGCAGAUCUCAGGAGCGGGUUUGUGCAACGUCAAAUCCUGGACAUCAGCGCCACCGACGAGUACGACCAAAUCCCCGUCCUGGAUCGUGCCACGAUUGACCCGCGGCUACUGGAGGGUCGCGGCGAACCGAACGAUACUCUGUCGUCCAUCCUGCCAGAGGCCAGCGAAAGUCGGCGGCGGCGACUCGACGGUGCAGGGCGUCAGCACCUAGCACUCACGCCUGACGAGACGCGGGUGCUUGAGGCUCUGCAGGAGGACCGUCGACGGAGAGAGCAGAGGGACCGAAUCGCAGCGCGAAUGGCCGAGCAGACGUCUCAGCAAUCAUCGCCGCAGUUCUUUGGCGGCAUGCCUCCCAUGGGUGGGAGAGGUGCCCGUAUCGACCCCGAAACAAUGGCACGCCCACGGCUGAAUACGCAGUGGGACAUUCAAGCGCAGAGGGCACAGAGAAUCGCGGCGCGCCGGGGUCUGGACCAUGAGGCGGGCGAACCCAGUAAUGACUCGAAUCAAAAUGUGUCCAGGGCUAUUGGAGACCUCCUAGGCAACAUUCGUGACUCGAGAGAGCGGGCGCAGGAACGCAUACGUACGGCUCAGCGUCUCAUUCUGCAGUCCAACUCGGGCCGGGACAGCAUGAUGGACUUGCAGUCCAGCUCUGAUCGAGACCUCGGUCUGGCGGCUCCUCACCCACCGCGACGUCCGGCAAGCACACACCCGAGUGAAGCGUUGGCGACGACACAACGUGGGGGGUCAAGCGGUCUGCGCAGUCUGACACCGGCAGGCAGCGGCUGGGCAGACCUGGAAGCGCUCUACACCAUGUCGUUUGAGAGCAACAUCCAGGAUCUCCGGCAAGCCGUCCAGGACCGCAAUAGGGAAAUCCUGCCGCUCCUCAACAGCGUCAACAUGCGUGAGAUGGAGCGCGACCACGACCUGCUGCGGCAAGUAGAGCGCAACCAAUUCCUGCGCCGACGGGCCGAGCAGCGAAUGGCCGAGCAUGGCGUUCACGAAGCACCUCCCGAGCCCGACAACACGGCAGGGAUCUCGUGGAGCGAGGAUGGCAGAGUCUUGUACGUUGGUGCGGAAAACGGCAUCUACGAGUUCCACGUCGACGUUCAAGGCCGCAAGUUCCAGCCCAGCUUGACGUUGCGGUAGUAUGAAGUCUAACGUAUCCUUUGCCGGCGUUUGGAAUGGUUGGAUUGACUGUACAGCCGAAAAUGACACAGCUGCCCCGGGGGUAACGGCGUCGCGGAGUUUUGCAUGAUUUAUGAUUUGGGGAGGGACGACAUCUACACACGCAUUCUCUAUGAAAAGUCUGCAGCGUCAUUUUGGUGUUUACUG